UUCCUUGUCAAAAAAAUCUCAGGAUCAGAUGCUAGACAACUUUAUGCAAUGAAGGUAUUGAAAAAGGCCACCUUGAAAGUUCGAGAUCGAGUUCGGACAAAAAUGGAACGUGAUAUCCUAGUUGAAGUUAACCAUCCUUUUAUUGUCAAGUUACAUUAUGCUUUUCAAACAGAAGGGAAGCUGUAUCUUAUUUUGGAUUUUCUCAGGGGAGGAGACUUGUUUACACGCUUAUCCAAAGAGGUGAUGUUCACAGAAGAUGAUGUUAAAUUUUAUCUGGCAGAAUUAGCACUUGCUUUAGACCAUCUACAUAGCCUUGGAAUAAUAUACCGGGACCUAAAACCAGAAAACAUCCUGCUUGAUGAGGAAGGACAUAUCAAAUUGACAGAUUUUGGCUUAAGUAAGGAGUCAAUUGAUCAUGAAAAAAAAGCCUACUCUUUCUGUGGAACAGUGGAAUAUAUGGCACCAGAAGUUGUUAACAGAAGAGGCCAUACCCAGAGUGCAGACUGGUGGUCUUUUGGUGUUUUAAUGUUUGAAAUGCUCACUGGUACUCUACCUUUCCAAGGGAAAGACAGAAAAGAAACCAUGACUAUGAUUCUCAAGGCCAAACUUGGAAUGCCCCAGUUCUUGAGUCCUGAAGCACAGAGUCUCCUGCGAAUGCUCUUCAAAAGAAACCCAGCAAACAGAUUAGGAGCAGGUCCUGAUGGAGUAGAAGAGAUUAAGAGGCAUGCAUUCUUUUCCAGAAUAGAUUGGAACAAAUUGUACCGGAGAGAAAUUCAUCCUCCUUUUAAACCUGCAACUGGCAGACCUGAAGAUACAUUUUACUUUGACCCUGARUUUACAGCAAAAACUCCAAAAGAUUCACCUGGUAUCCCACCCAGUGCUAAUGCACAUCAGCUUUUUCGGGGAUUUAGUUUUGUAGCAAUUGCAUCAGAUGAUGAAAGCCAAGCAAUGCAGACAGUUGGAGUGCAUUCAAUUGUCCAGCAGUUGCACAGGAACAGCAUUCAGUUUACUGAUGGAUAUGAAGUAAAGGAAGAUAUUGGAGUUGGCUCUUACUCCAUCUGCAARAGGUGUAUUCAUAAAGCUUCAAACAUGGAAUAUGCUGUAAAGAUUAUUGACAAGAGUAAAAGAGAUCCCACAGAAGAGAUUGAAAUCCUGCUGCGCUAUGGACAGCAUCCAAAUAUUAUUACCCUAAAAGAUGUGUAUGAUGAUGGAAAAUAUGUGUACGUAGUAACAGAACUUAUGAAAGGAGGAGAACUGCUGGAUAAAAUUCUUAGGCAAAAAUUUUUCUCAGAACGAGAAGCAAGUGCUGUUCUUUUCACAAUAACAAAAACAGUUGAAUAUCUCCACGCACAAGGGGUUGUUCACAGAGACCUGAAGCCUAGCAAUAUUCUUUAUGUUGAUGAAUCUGGGAAUCCAGAAUCCAUUCGAAUUUGUGACUUUGGCUUUGCAAAACAACUGCGAGCAGAAAAUGGGCUUCUGAUGACUCCAUGUUACACAGCAAAUUUUGUUGCACCAGAGGUUUUAAAGAGGCAAGGUUAUGAUGCUGCAUGUGAUAUAUGGAGCCUUGGUGUUCUACUUUAUACCAUGCUGACUGGCUACACUCCUUUUGCAAAUGGUCCUGAUGACACCCCAGAGGAGAUUCUGGCCCGAAUAGGAAGUGGAAAGUUCUCUCUCAGUGGUGGUUAUUGGAACAGUGUUUCAGACACAGCUAAGGACCUUGUUUCCAAAAUGCUUCAUGUUGACCCUCAUCAAAGACUGACUGCAGCCCAGGUUCUCAGUCACCCCUGGAUUGUUCACUGUGACCAACUGCCUCAAUACCAGCUGAACAGGCAGGAUGCUCCCCAUUUAGUGAAGGGUGCAAUGGCAGCAACUUAUUCUGCUUUGAAUCGUAAUCAAUCACCAGUUUUGGAGCCAGUUGGCCGUUCCACUCUUGCUCAGAGGAGAGGUAUAAAAAAAAUCACCUCAACAGCCCUGUGAAAUGACCUCAAGCAGACAUUGGUACCACGGCAUAAGAUGAUAGCACAAAUGAUAGCGCCAGGUAGCACAUCUCUGACAGAUACCUGCAAGCACAUUCUGGCCCAGCUGGUACCUAAAAUGCUGCUGCUGCUGCUGCUGCUUUCAUCUAUCUCGCUUCAAACUGUUGAUGGCAAKUUACUGAUCUUACUGGAGCUGCAAAUGGAGUGAGGAGUGGAAAGAAUGGAAAUGAUCACGUUCGCGCGACUGAAUAAACCGGGAGAAUUACAAAUGCCACCUCUGUCAAAAAUACACUGAAUAAAGCACUCUGCACCACAUAGCAUUAUUUUUAUAAGGAAUAUUUUUUUUUUUGUCCCCUAAAAUAUUCUUUGUUACAGGUCGAGAUGGACAGUUUAUGUUAAGCACUUAGCUUAAACAAUCUGUUURUAUUAGCACUAUAUACUUCGUGCCAUCCAACGUUUUGUAUGUUUUUGUAAACAGUUCACAAGCAGUACAUUUCUGUGCUGUUUUCUUUAAUGUAUACAUGCCUUGUUUUACUUAGAUAUUAUUAAUCAUGAUGACAAUUACAUCUGAUUAAACAGUUCACCUGGAUUAAUCAGUAUUGUUGGACAGCUCUAAAAGAAGCCUGACUGUUAAACAGCUAUUGAAUGUAAUACUAUGGAUAAGUAGUUUUCCUUGCCUGUGUCUUUUCUACAUUUCUGUGUUUUUAAUGCCACAUGUCAUGUUAUGGAAAUGAGGAUAUUGUUUAUAGUACUCAAAAUUUAAACAGUGAAUCUCACCAUACUAUAUAUACUAUAGGUAAUAUAACCCAGAGAAAAGAUAAUUUGCUCUGUAUCUCAUUGUCUUUGUUACCCCUCCCCUCCCUUUUAGUCUCUCCUAUCUAAUCUCUGGACUCAGGAAUUACUGCUAAAUACUUUCUGAUAGAGGACAUUUCUGUAUGGUUUAUUCUUGUAAUCCAUUGUUAAUAUUUUAUCUGUAUUCUAUGACUUGUGUUUAAGCUGCAAAGGAUUUGUUCAGUGAAUGAAUGUUGGCAUUAUAGAAAAAAAGGCAACAUUUGAAGAUAAAGCAAAACAUAUUGGUCACUAAURAGCAGAAGCCUGCAAAAAGUAGGUUUAAACUGCAUUCAUCURAUGUUGUCAGUUAUUUGCUGAUAAUUUUAAUUGACUGCAAGGGCAAAAUGAGAAGUAAAUCAUAAAGAUCUGUUGAGUGAGAAAAGGGCCAUUUUAAUUYACCUUGAAAAUAGUGUUGUCCCAGUCAGGUAAGAUGAAGCCAUUCAGAGGGAACAUUGUCACUUUUCCACAGAUGGAAGUGAGUUCACAAUGAGGGUGGAAGGCUCACUUUAAAUACUGAUAUAUACUUGUAAUAAUCUUGGCUUUUUGGUGUCUCAGGUAAUUUAAGGCCCAUCUUGAUGGCUGGUCUUGAAAAGAUGAAAUUGCCCAAAUGAGAAGGGGAACUGGAAUGUGUUUGAAUACAGUGAGUGAARUGUUCCAUUCCACCAAAAUUACACUGUGUAAUGUCCUUCCAGAUACAAACAUGUCUAUUGAGAAUUCCAGCUUUAAUAAAAUAUGGAUCUGGGUAAACAGCUAUUGGUGAACAAUGCAAUUUUAAAACUAAAAUGCAAUUUUGUGUUUUGCCUCAGAAGGUAUUUUCUUGGUUUAGUGGUAUUAAAUUUCUUUUAUGGUGAUUAAUUGGCUUAUUUCCCUGAAAUGAUCAGAGGUUUGUUGAAAGGGAGAAUCAUCUUUGACACCACAGAUUUACUCUAAAUGARUGAGAGAAUUUYUGAGUUCCUAGGGG